AUGGCGAGCUGGCUAGCUCUGAAUCUUGAACCAGACGAUGCAGUUGAAGAAGAGGUCGAUGACACCAAGGAACUUCAGAUUGAGGAAGCUCUGAAAUUGUACCACAAUGCCCUAAAACUUCACUCCCAAGGCCCGAAUUUCUACACGCAGGCGGCCGAGCUCUUCCAGACGCGCAGGCUGCUGAACCGAUCGACGAACCCCCCCACAGAUGGCAUUGUGGAAUAUAACGUGAGCGACUCGACAUCCAGCCUCUUCCAAACUCUUUACCUGUCCCGCAAGAACUACGGCAAAUUUCUACUUGACGUCCUUCACGAAGCCGUUCGCGAACCCCCCGCGAACGAAGAAGCAGCACAGGAUAUAUCUCGAAAGACGAUUAAAGCAUCCAAAAGGGCACUUGCGUCCUUUGCAGAAGCUCUAGAGCGGGACGACACUGAUCUCAAUCUAUGGAGGCAAAGCGCACGACUCGGCAGUGCCCUACAAAGCUACAGGUUGAACCGAUUUUGUUUGGAAAGUGUGCUGGCGGAUGAUGAUAACCGACUGGAUGUGCGACCUGAACAACUUGGGUUGGAGGAGAUAUUUUCGGAGGAGCGACUACGGAACACUCUCAAGUCCCUAUUUGACGGAUUGUCUGCCUCUCAAGUUCCAGUCAAGAAACCGAACAAAGCUCUCGCCAAAUAUCUUCAACGGCACGAAGAUCUAUAUUCUUAUCUACCAACUUUACCGGAUGACCUUCACUCUCUGGACCCGUCAAGAGGUCCCCUUGCUUUUUCAACUUCUUCCUUGGAGGUCACUCCGCCUGACGCGACGUGGGAAUCAAUUGGCACAUCCAUACUGGAAGCCUUCAAUAACGAGGAUACUUCUUCGAUUCCUAGCCGUUCAAUUCGAGUCAUUCUGCCGGCUAGGGACGCAACACCCGACAACGAUGAGGAAAUGGAUGGCGCUGAGAGUGCCCCUGAGAAUGACGAUACCCAAGUCAAGCCCGAAAGCGGUGAUGUUAACAUGCUUGAAAAUGGCGAGCACAGCACAAAGCUCGAGAACCUUCAGCCGGAUACCACCAAAGCCACGGCAGAGCCAGGCGAGGAGCAAUCAAGUAUCGACCAAAGCGCAGAGCAACAGCUUAUGGAAUCCCUCGAAGGCGAAUCCACUCAGCCACCGGAACCACAAGUUGAGGCCGAAGAUGAGAAAAAUACAGAAGGGAUCGACCCAAAAUCUCCGUCUGAAUCCCGAAAGAGAUCGUCUACUUCAGUAGCCAACGAUGAUCAGCUAGAAGGAGGCAGAAUGAAAAGUCGACGAACUCGGGCUCGAGAAUCGAAUGCGGAUGGUUUGGUGCAACUAGACGAAAUCGCAUUUGAUCAAGAAAAGUAUUACGAAGAUCGGUUAGAGAUCUUUGUUAACGCUGACGAGUGGAUGUUCAACACUCUGAAUUCAUUGUUCUCCAAGUUUGGUAUGGAGUCGUUAGGUACAAUCGAGAGUAUCAAGGCCAAGGUAGUAGUUGUGAAUGACUCUGACGACGUACCGGAUGAAUCGGAGACUCGAUUGCUGAAAGAUCUACGCGAUAUCAUCAAGACCUGGAACGAUGAAAAAUCUCGCCUCCUGCAGCAGAAGGAUGAAAUUUCUCCGCUUAAGGAUAUUCGUGGUACCAAUCGGUCUGGCCUGUCUGUUUUCCUUGAGCAUUCAAGGAAGGCUACCAGAAAACCUGUCCUCCAAGAAAUCCCUGCCGGAGAAAAGGUUUACAGUUUUUGUGGCAAAAUGAACGAAUCCUUAUUGCAUCAACACCAUGCCUUAUGCGAGUGGUUGAAAUGUCUACUCAUGCCAGAAUUUGGAGAGCAACUUUCAGAAUGGUCCGUGAUGAAGUCGGCUUACGAAUCUUUCCAAUGGCCGGCGAAAUUGAAAGAGGCUGUCGUGGAAGCCUUAAUACAAGAAGACGAAUUUCUGUACUCGAGGAUGAGCGAUAUUGUUGCAAGACUCGAACGUCGUGCCUUCGAUUCUAGUGCGGAAACUCCUUUCGAGUAUGAGUUAAGUGAUUACUCUGAACUUGAAAUGAUCCAGUCCAUAUAUGAGCUCCACCUUGACAUAUUCUCCUCUGUCGAUGGAAUGAGGGGCGAUUAUUUCAUCCAGAACUGUCCAUCCGAAGAAUGCCUACAAAACAUUUGUCUUCGUCAUCUGUGGACGUCAGUGUUCCAUCUCAAUCUCGCGGGCGAGGCUCAACGUGAACACAUUUUGCUCUGCCUUCAAGAUCUGAAGCACAUGCUUCAGUCUCUUAAUUAUCCCAGCAUCAACCUUGUGAACAACUCUGCUAUGUCCGAAUUAUCCACUGAGACGAUAGAUCAAGAGGUAUUGAAACUGAAGUGCAUGGAUUUCUUCGCCAAGGUGUUCAACCCUGAUGACGAGGACCCAGUAUCGCUCAUUGAAGCGAUCGAGCCAAUCCUGGAGCCCUCGUCAAUCGAGUACCCCGAUGGUACUCUCGAAUCGAACGACCUUAACGACCCAUCUUCCCAUGCUAGUGAAAUGGCCUCUUUCCUUGACCGUGGGGAUGCUACUUUGCGAUUGUUCCUAUGGCGCAGACUCCAGGAAGCGUAUCAGUCCAUCGACUAUCCGCCCAAAGUUGUUUCCUGUUACCUGCGCAGCAUCGAGACAAUAAUGACUGAAGUCGAAGACGUUAAGCACGCCGAGGAAACAAGCAGUCAUCGCCAAGUUACUUUGCUGGGUUGGCUCAAGUCACUUGAUGGAAUAAUCGCCAAGGCUGUACUUCUCAUAUCGCAGCACACUGAGAAAGCCUACGAAUGUAUCGAUAUGGACCAUUUGCAAGCAUCCAUGUCUGCAGUAGCUCGGCUGAUCAGAAUUCUCCAUGGCUUCGUUCUCUAUGAAGAUUCCAUGCGGGUAGGCCAAAUUUCCGGGCGGGAUCUUAAAUCGACACUCGCUAAAUCGCUGGAAAACUUCAAAGAGAGAAUGCGAGAAUUAUAUGUUCGCUGUUGGGUUCUGCUGUAUACCAUGUUUUUGGAAGCGAUUUCUCAGAACAAGGAUAUUUUCCCUGAUUCAGCGGAAGAUCGUAUCCAUGUCCUUCGGAGCGUGCACAAUGCUCUCGGGGUUCGCUCAUUGUGCAGAUACUCACAGAAACGUUUCUUGAAGCUCCUGAAAUCCGAAUUGCUUGCACUUGAGACCAAGGGCGAUUAUGAAUUUGAUAUCUGUCAAGUUCUUUUUGACCUCCACGGAAUCAGGUUCUCCCCUGCUGACGGCGCGGCGGACCAUGGUUGCCCACCUGAGAAGUUAGACAAACCAACAGCCAUAAUGAUGAUCGAUUUCGUGAUGAAACAAGCCCAGAAGAUGAAUAUGAAAGAUUUCUCAAAGUCUGAGCUCAAGACUACAGUCGAAAAAAUGCAACAAGCGAUCGGACCCGCGAAGCCCUCAUCUCAGUCACCCCAGAUGACUUUCAACCGCCGCCUUUUCAAUAAUUACAUGAAGGCGCCUAUCAAUCCUUCAAGUCUUCUUCGAGCUGUCCAAGGAGUAGCGGAACUUGCCCUGGUACCAGUACCUGGCGAGAAUGCUCAAAUCGCUACCAAAGGCUGGUACUUCCUCCUCGGUCAUGCCGCCCUCACAAAAUUUCGCUCCCAAAAACGCCUCAGCCCCGGCUCAACUUCAGAGUUGGAUGAUGCAAUCAAUUUCUUUAGACAGGACCUAGAUCACGGAUCGGGAAGGUGGGAGACUUGGUAUCGACUGGCGCAAGCAUAUGACACCCAGUUGGAGGAAGACAUUACGUGGUCGGCAGACAAAAUCAACAACAAUCGCAGUGAUUUAGCAGCCACUCAGCGAUAUGCUAUUCACUGUUAUUGCAUGGCUGUGUCAGUGGCGAUCAGAACCGCCGAACCAACAGUGGAGACGCGCAUGUUGCUCUCUGAGCUGUAUACGGACUUUGGUAUCCGCAUGUAUGCAUCUUCGAGAGAACCUUUGUCCAUGGGUGCUUUCGGAUUAUCAGAAUUUUCGCGACACUUCAGUAGCGAGGAAAGCCAGCAGAUGUACAAAGCUCAACCUUUUAAGGAAAUGUCGCUUUACUCUGUCUGGAACUUCGCUAGUAAUCUGCUCAGGCGAGCAGUAAAUGACAAGCCUCAGCGCUGGUUGGCCAAUUACUUCCUCGGAAAAUGCCUCUGGAAAAUGUUUAGCUGCGAUGAUUCCAUGCGGACGACUCGAAGAAAGGUCGAAAUGCAGGAUGUGAUAGACGCGCUGCUUGAUUCUAUCGCAGCCCUGCCGCAGCGAAAGGAUUCAAGGGCAGACCCUAUAUUCGAACCCCAUUUCAAACUCUUGUCCGUGGUCCACAAGCUUGUCAUCCGGGGCAGUAUGACUCCUGCCGAGGCGAGUAAAACCCUCGCUGUCUCACCUUGGGCUCGUAAAGUCGAUGCUCCCGAUAAUAUUGAAGGCUGGAGAUCUUAUAUGCUCGAAGUCAUCAAACGGUUCAAGAGUGCCGACAAAUCGAAUUGGCAUCACCGGAUGAGUGCAAAGGCUGCCCAUGUGAUUUACGAUGACCAGAAGAAUGCCACAGCGGCGGUCGCAGCCAAACACGAGAUGUCGCAAAUAUUCACCAAGACGCUUACUAUUCAGGUUUGGCGACCGGAAUUCGAACGCCCGGGACGACAUUUUGUAUAUACAACGCGCUAUGUUUAUUUCUUCGUCAGCCUUUUGGAUCAACUUGAUGAUCGUGCGAGUCUGGAUCAGCUCCUGCGUCGGGUCAGAAAGAAGCAAGGCGAUUUCAUCAACCACACGAAAUUGUGGGAAGACGUUUGUUUGACUUACGCGAAAAUGAUCCGCAGGGCCGCAAGUAUCAAUGAAGGCCACGAGGAGGGUGUAUUCCGGCCAAUUGGUUGGGAGGAGUUCUCAUCGAAGACUGCUCGACUUGAAAGCUUGAGCAAGCUCUCUGACGAAACCACGCCAGUCCUUGAACUAAUGCGAGACUCCUUGGAGCUUAAAAAGCUCAACAAUAACCUGAUGAAGGUCACCAUGUUUGAGGAUCUCAUUGCGGAUCUGUAUGCUCGUGUCUAUGAACUCAAUAUGCCUCAGCUUAUCGAGCAGGUCAACGAAGAAAAUAAAGAGAAGAUGAAGGUGGAUCAUCUUCUCAUGGCAGGCGAAGGAACAACGGAGACCUCAAACCCCGCAACUCCUGUUCCGGCCUCUGAUACCCCUGCUCCUCGUGGUCGCACCAAGGGUAUUGCUCGUCGCGACAUUCAGAAACGAGCGGAUAUGAUUGUCAACCUCAAACUUGGUCCGCGCACAGCUACAAAUAAGUUCGCUGCUACCACGGACGCCGAACAAGCACCAGCAACACCGCGCGCGCUCGUAUCUGGCUAUACAUCCACCCCCCAGGACCCUAGCAAGCAAGUAACUGCAGACGAUAGCACGAAUGCUCAGAAGGAAAAUGCCGACAGCGCUCGUGAUAGUGACAAUGAAAGUAAUGCGGAUGAAACGGACGACACAAAAUCGAACAAAGUUUCAAAGGAUUAUGGUGCCCUGACUGGUCUACGAAAGAAUGAGUCGGGUGACGCUGAAACUGAGAACGAGGACGAUGCCGGCAGUGGCAAUGAAGGGGCUGAUGAAGGCGUCGAGGAGGGCGAAGGCGAUGAAGAUGAAGAUGAAGGCGAUGAGGAUGAGGAUGAGGAUGAGGAUGAGGAUGAGGGUGAAGGUGAAGGUGAAGGUGAAGGUGAAGGUGAAGGAGAUAUCGGAACAACCGAGGUUGAAACCGGCGGGGAAGAAGCGCAGGAGGUCGAUAAUACGAUCGACGAGGACGUGCAGGAUGGAGAUGACGAAGAUCAGACUGCCAACGAAAGCAAAAUCGCGUACGGUGAGAAUGAUGAGUCUGCCAGGGCCACCGAUAAUGAGCGUGAAGGAUCGGCCACAAUGAUCAAGAACGAGGAAGCCGAGAAAGAUACCGACAUGGAUACCACCCCUGCAUAA